CUCUCUCCCUUCUUACUCACUCCACUCCCAAGUCCCAACAAUGCCAACUCCUCUCCCUCCUAGGUUCCCCAAAUUGGACCUUUUCUUCUUGUUCUUUCUUUCAUCUUUUCCCUCUCUUGUGUGUAACUAUAAGCACAUGCAUUUUCCUUGAAAAGUUUACUCAUUUUGCAGCCAAAAAUACAACCCAAAAAAGAGAAAGAAGAAGAAGAAGAAGAAGAAGAAACUCUUCCCCCUUCUUUGGUAUUGAAUUCAUUAGCUCUUCUUUUCUUUUCUAUCAAGAACUAUAAGCCAAUGCAUUUCACUUAGAAAGUUUACUUCUUUUGCUUCAAAAACAGCACCUUCUUUUGCUUCAUCUUCUCUUCUCUGUAAAGAUGAAGAGUAGAAGCCAUCGGAGAACGAAACUUUUACUAGUUUUCCUUGUUGGGUUUUCUUCAAUCUUUCAUUUUGCAAACUCUCAAACAAGCCCAGAUGCUGAAGUUAUGUUCUCUCUCAAAAAAAGCCUCAACGUGCCAGAUUCACUUGGAUGGUCCGAUCCAGAUCCAUGCAACUGGAACCAUGUAGUAUGUUCGGACGAAAAGCGGGUCACCCGGAUCCAAAUUGGACGCCAAAAUCUUCAAGGUACACUCCCUUCAAAUCUUCAAAACCUUACUCAACUUGAACGUUUAGAGCUUCAGUAUAACAACAUUUCCGGUCCUUUGCCAAGUUUAAACGGGUUAAGUUCAUUACAAGUGAUCCUUCUAAGUGACAAUAAGUUCAUUUCAGUCCCCAGUGACUUUUUCACUGGUUUAUCUUCACUUCAAUCUGUGGAGAUCGAUAACAACCCUUUUUCCAAUUGGGUCAUACCAGAAAGUAUAAAAAAUGCUUCUGCUUUGCAGAAUUUCUCUGCAAACUCAGCUAAUAUAUCCGGGUCAAUACCGGGUUUUUUUGGCCCGGAUUCUUUUCCGGGUCUAACUAUCUUGAGGUUGGCUUUCAAUGAUCUUGAAGGUGAGUUGCCCGCAAGUUUUUCGGGGUCACAAGUUCAGUCUUUGUGGCUUAAUGGGCAGAAACUUAGUGGCGGCAUUGAUGUUAUUCAGAACAUGACUUCGUUAAGAGAAGUUUGGUUGCAUUCUAAUGGGUUUUCGGGUCCAUUACCUGACUUCUCGGGUUUGAAAGAUUUAGAGAGCUUAAGUUUAAGAGAUAAUUCAUUUACUGGCCUUGUUCCUGAGUCUUUGGUUGACCUUGAGUCGUUAAAGUUUGUGAAUUUGUCGAAUAAUUUGCUUCAAGGACCAAUGCCUGUAUUUAAGAGCUCGGUAUCUGUGGAUAUGGUUAAGGAUUCGAACAGAUUCUGUCUGCCAACUCCUGGUUUGUGUGAUUCGCGAGUUAACACAUUGCUUUCGAUUGUGAAAUCAAUGGAUUAUCCGCAAAGGUUGGCGGAUAGUUGGAAGGGGAAUGAUCCAUGUGCUGAUUGGAUUGGAAUUACUUGCAAUAACGGGAACAUCACAGUUGUCAACUUUGAGAAGAUGGGGCUCACAGGCUCGAUUUCUCCAGAUUUUGCUUGGGUUAAGUCAUUGGAAAGACUGGUUCUUGCAAAUAAUAACCUCACAGGUUCGAUUCCACAGGAAAUUACUACCUUACCCGGACUUAAAGUGCUUGAUGUGUCAAACAAUCACCUGUAUGGGAGAGUUCCAGCCUUUACCAGUAAUGUGAUUGUUAACACUAAUGGUAAUCCAGAAAUAGGGAAGGAUGUGAAUAGUUCUACAUCUUUGGAAUCACCAUCUGCAAGUCCAUCAGCGAAUACUGGAUCUGGAAGUGGUGGUAGUUCUAGAAAAAGUGGCAAGAAAUCUUCUACUUUGAUUGUAAUAAUUAUAUUUGCGGUAAUUGGGGGUGUUUUCCUGUUGUCCUUGAUCGGCUUGUUGGUUUUCUGUCUAUACAAGAAGAAACAAAAGCGGUUUAGCAGAGUACAGAGUCCAAAUGAAAUGGUGAUUCAUCCUCGCCAUUCUGGGUCUGAUAAUGAGAGUGUGAAGAUUACAGUUGCUGGCUCAAGUAUCAGUGUUGGUGCUAUUAGCGAAACACAUACUAUUCCUGCAAGUGAACAAGGUGACAUUCAAAUGGUUGAAGCUGGGAACAUGGUCAUUUCUAUUCAAGUGUUACGGAAUGUUACAAACAAUUUCAGUGAAGGAAAUAUAUUGGGAUGGGGAGGUUUUGGAGUGGUCUACAAAGGUGAGUUGCAUGAUGGUACAAAGAUUGCUGUGAAGAGGAUGGAGUCGGGUGUCAUAAGUGGUAAGGGACUAACUGAGUUCAAGUCUGAGAUUGCUGUUUUGACCAAGGUUAGGCACCGCCAUCUCGUUGCUCUUCUUGGGUACUGCUUGGAUGGUAAUGAGAAGCUUCUCGUGUAUGAAUAUAUGCCGCAAGGGACACUCAGUAGACAUAUCUUCAACUGGGCAGAAGAAGGACUAAAACCACUAGAGUGGACAAGGAGGUUGACUAUAGCCUUGGAUGUGGCAAGAGGUGUCGAGUACCUUCAUGGUUUGGCUCAUCAAAGCUUUAUACACAGGGACUUGAAGCCUUCAAACAUUCUUCUUGGGGAUGAUAUGAGGGCUAAGGUUGCAGACUUUGGUCUUGUGCGUCUUGCGCCAGAGGGUAAAGGCUCUAUUGAAACUAGAAUUGCUGGAACUUUCGGAUACUUGGCACCGGAAUAUGCAGUUACUGGUCGAGUGACAACUAAAGUUGAUGUCUUCAGUUUCGGAGUGAUAUUGAUGGAGCUCAUAACGGGUAGAAAAGCUCUUGAUGAGAGGCAACCUGAAGAGAGCUUGCAUCUUGUAACAUGGUUCCGCAGAAUGCACCUGAACAAGGACACGUUCCGGAAGGCCAUCGAUCCCACAAUUGACCUCAAUGAGGAGACGCUUGCCAGCAUCAGCACCGUUGCAGAGUUGGCAGGUCAUUGCUGCGCAAGGGAACCGUAUCAAAGGCCAGACAUGGGUCAUAAUGUGAAUGUUCUCUCAUCUCUGGUGGAGCUCUGGAAACCAACCGACCAAAGAUCUGAAGACAUAUAUGGUAUUGACCUUGAAAUGUCCUUGCAACAGGCAGUUAAGAAGUGGCAAGCUUAUGAAGGUAGAAGCAAUAUGGAUUCUUCUUCUUCGCUCCUUCCCAGCUUAGACAAUACUCAGACCAGCAUACCUGCACGCCCAUAUGGGUUUGCUGAGUCAUUUAGAUCAGCUGAUGGAAGAUGAGUGUGGUGUUUGUAAAUGGUGGUGAUGGUGGUUUUCAAUAGUCAUUCUAUUUGCAGCUUCUUUGCUGUUUUCUUUAUAAACUUGUCUGACUCGUAAUUCUUUCAUGUUUUAGCCUCAUCCCCUUGUCUCUCUCUGUUUUUUUUUCUUAUUGGAAAUGUAGUUUGGAUGCUCUUCACUUGAAUUAGAGGUUUCGAAAAUGAAAUAAGAUAGGUUUUUAGA